CGUUUCAGAUGUUUUUACUUCCUGCCUUUGUGUGUUUUCCCUUCACUGUGAUUGUGGACCCUGCCCUGAUUGUUUUCACCUGUGUCCCCUUACCUUGUCUAUGUAUAGGCCCUGUCUCCCUUUGUCUCGUGCCAGUUCGUCUCGUUCCAUGUGUCAGGCAACCAGCGUCAGGUGAAGCUAUAAGGCUGUGGACAUGGGCAUGAAUGACAUUUCAUCAUGGUCAAAGACUCCUCAUGGACCUCCGACAGACAGCUGUGCUGCUCUGACCUCCUGGGAAUCCUUCUGUUCCUGUGUGAAGAACAGGAUACACUCGCUUCUUGACCGGUAUGGAAGCAAAAUGGAGACUGUUCUUGCUUCUGCUUCUGCCUCUAACAAAGUGCGAAGUGACUAUAGUGAAAACCAUCAGGAGAGGACCAGACGUCACUGAAAUAUGUGUUAAUAAUACACAGAAUCCCAUCGCAAUGAUAGUCUGUAAGAUCAAAACAGAAAGGAACAGAACAGAGUGCAAUCUGCAGUAUGAACCGAUAGAGGGCUUCGUGCAAACAUGUGACUCCAGGUUCUCUCUGAAGACGGAGAAUCAGACUGUGUUUCUCCACCUGAUGAAUUUAACACCGGUGGAUAGUGGGAACCACACCUGUGAAUGUUCUAAUCCUGAGGGAACAGAUAUCUACCAUCUGAACAUCACUGUGGAAGAAGAUGGAGACGAAAGCAUUUCAACACAAAUACCGAUCCCAGGUAUUUUGAUUGGUGCAGCUGUAUUCAUCAUCAUAACUGCAGUUACCAUCUGGUGUGUCUGCAGGAGAAUACAUCAAGGUGUCUGUUCAAGGUCAGCCACAUCUGGAUCAUCUGUGUGUGAAAAUCCCGGCAAUUUGGAUGAAGAUGACCCUGAUGACCCUGCUGACCCUGAUGACCCCUACACAGCCCUCCAACAGCCAGACAGUGAUCUCGACCAGAGUGUCUCUAACUCAGCCGGCAGAGAGACGGAUGCAAGCUGCAAACUCUAUGCUAACGUUUAACCAACAAUCAAGAGAACAGCACUGUAUAACAUGUUGGCAACUUUUGAGAUGAUCCUACAAUAAUAUUCUUUUUUAUCAUAAACAAAUCAACAUUUAUUUUUAAAACUUGUCAGGUUUAAUGAUGGAUUUGUAUGAAAGACAAAGAAUUAGCUAACUUGAGUGUAAAACUGUGCCUAAAAAUGGUGUCUUACUUGGACCACUUAGACUGGCUAUUGGUGUUUAGUUAUUGGGAUUUUAAAAUACAUUACAACUGCAUGAUUGCUAACUGAAGAAUUAAAACCCCUAAAUAUUCAA